UGAGUCACGUGGCGGGGGUGGAGCGGGAAGGCUCUGUGCCUGACUAGCGCCCCCAUCCACCAUGUUUUCUGACCGACUCUAGUUUGUUUCUUCCCUAAAACCAAAUGGAAAUGGCCGGAGAGCUCCGGGGAACCUAGGUGCCCGGCUUCUGCCGAGCCUGGGCUGACGCGCAAGCGUGGCGGGAAUAUCCUAGCGGGCCUUCACGGAGAGGCGAUGGCGUCUAGCAGUAACUGGCUGUCCGGAGUGAAUGUCGUGCUUGUGAUGGCAUACGGGAGCCUGGUAUUUGUACUGCUGUUUAUUUUUGUGAAGAGACAAAUCAUGCGCUUUGCAAUGAAAUCUAGAAGGGGACCUCACGUCCCUGUGGGACACAAUGCCCCCAAGGACUUGAAAGAGGAGAUCGACAUUCGACUGUCCAGGGUUCAGGAUAUCAAGUAUGAACCCCAGCUCCUUGCAGAUGAUGACACCAGACUACUACAGCUGGAAACCCAGGGGAAUCAAAGUUGCUACAACUAUCUAUACAGGAUGAAAGCUCUAGAUGCCAUCCGUGCCUCUGAGAUCCCAUUUCAUGCUGAAGGCCGGCACCCCUGUUCUUUAAUGGGUAAGAAUUUCCGCUCCUACUUGCUAGAUCUGCGAAACAUUAGCACUCCUUUUAAGGGUGUGCGCAAGGCCCUCAUUGAUACUCUCCUGGAUGGGUAUGAGACAGCCCGCUAUGGGACAGGGGUUUUUGGUCAGAACGAGUACUUGCGGUAUCAGGAAGCCUUGAGUGAGCUGGCCACUAUAGUCAAAGCACGAAUUGGGAGCUCUCAGAGGCAACACCAGUCAGCAGCCAAAGACCUAACCCAGUCGCCUGAGAUGUCACCAACAACCAUCCAGGUCACAUACCUCCCCUCCAAUCAGAAGAGCAAACGUCCUAAGCACUUCCUCGAACUGAAGAGCUUUAAGGACAACUAUAACACACUGGAGAGUACUCUGUAAUGGAGCUACACAGAAGCCAGCUGUGUGGCAUUUGGGAUCUCUGGCUCAGAGGCCCAGACUUUAUUGGCCAGAGCUUCUGUGAGUCCAGAGUUCUCACAGAGCUGGGUCGGAGAGGUCAUUUCCAGCCCUUUCUUAUGUUGGCUAAGAUCCUCUAUCUCCAAGGAGCACUUUUUCUGGAUUUAAAUUCAAAUGUCAUUCUUAAUGUUUGUCAGAGCUUCCUUGAAAAUCUUCCUUUGUUUUUGGCUGUAAUUCACCUACCCUGUUCAAUGCUGUUUUGUCCCAAAGGUGUAAAUUGAGGUGAGAUGUCUUCUAAAUCUACCCCAUUGCACUCAAAAUAUUUGGGUUUAGAGAUCUCAGAUUUGAUUAGUGGAAAAGUCAGGUAAGGACCUCAUAAGGAAAAAGGAAUGAAUAAGCCGGUAGAAUGUCCCCUGGAAUUUUGGUGCUCAUUUAAACCAGUAUUGAUAUGAGAACAUGACUUUCCUGAAGUGGGAGGAUGUGUCCCCACCUUCACCCAGUACCAUUAUGACAAGUCAGAAUGAGUGUUCGGGUACUUGGCAUAACCUCUGCUGAGAUAGUGAGACACAGCAAGAAGUAGUUUCCUCUGAUGUCAGUGUUUUAGUCUCAAUUUACAAUUUAUUUAAUAAAGUUAAUUAAGAAAAUGAA